UUCCCUUUUGGAUUUUGAAAUCGACGCCCCCUUUCUAACCUCCAAUCCAACCCCAAUUCGAUUUGUAGAAUAAACACAAACCCUAAAUCACAUCGCUCAUUACCUCACCCGUAAAUCGAUCUUGCAGAACCCUAAUUCUUUCUUCACUAGUUUCGUCAAUUCGUUACACCGAUUCACAUCUACUCCAGCACCAAUCAAACAAUGGCGAAUCGAGAAGGAGACCCAUCACUAGGUUACCUAACCCGUAAAGAAACCGAGGUCAAACUCCCUAGACCAACUCGUGUCAAGAACAAAACCCCCGCCCCAAUCCAAAUAACCGCCGAACAGAUCCUCCGCGAGGCCCGGGAGCGACAAGAGGCCGAAAUCCGCCCUCCGAAACAGAAAAUAACCGACCCGACAGAGCUCGCAGACUACCGGCUCCGAAAACGAAAGGAAUUUGAGGAUCUGAUUAGGAGAGUGAGGUGGAACAAGAGUGUAUGGGUGAAGUACGCCAAGUGGGAGGAAUCCCAGAAGGAUUUUAACCGGGCAAGGUCGGUUUGGGAGCGGGCACUUGAUGUGGAUUAUAGGGAUCAUACAAUGUGGUUGAAGUAUGCGGAGACUGAGAUGAAGAAUAAGUUUAUUAAUCAUGCGAGGAAUGUGUGGGAUCGGGCGGUUACGUUGUUGCCGAGGGUCGAUCAGUUGUGGUACAAGUAUAUUCAUAUGGAAGAGAUGCUUGGAAAUGUGGCAGGUGCCAGACAGAUAUUCGAAAGGUGGAUGAGCUGGGAGCCUGAUCAACAAGCAUGGUUAUCCUAUAUUAAAUUUGAGUUGAGAUACAACGAAAUUGAUCGAGCUAGAGCUAUGUACGAACGUUUCGUCCAAUGCAUACCUAAAGUUGGGGCAUGGAUCCGUUUUGCAAAGUUCGAAAUGAAAAACGGAGAGAUCAGUAGAGCCCGUAAUUGUUACGAAAGGGCGGUUGAUAAGCUGGCAGACGAUGAAGAAGCGGAGACAUUAUUUGUCGCCUUUGCUGAAUUCGAAGAGAAAUGUAAGGAAACCGAGAGAGCAAGAUGUAUUUAUAAAUUUGCUCUAGACCAUAUACCAAAGGGUCGGGCCGAAGAUUUAUACAGAAAGUUUGUUGCUUUUGAGAAACAGUAUGGUGAUCGAGAAGGCAUCGAAGAUGCAAUAGUCGGGAAAAGACGGUUUCAGUAUGAGGAAGAAGUUAGAAAGAAUCCACUUAAUUAUGACUCGUGGUUUGACUACAUUAGACUCGAGGAGAGUGUCGGUAACAAAUCGAGGAUCCGCGAGGUUUACGAGAGAGCAAUUGCUAACGUUCCUCCUGCUGACGAGAAACGAUACUGGCAACGAUACAUUUAUUUAUGGAUCAAUUAUGCACUGUAUGAAGAGCUUGACGCACAAGAUGUUUCUAGAACACGGGAUGUCUAUAGCGAGUGUUUAAAAUUGAUUCCGCACAAGAAAUUCUCGUUUGCGAAAAUUUGGUUAUUGGCAGCUCAGUUUGAAAUCCGACAGUUAAACCUCUCGGGUGCACGCUCGAUUCUUGGUAACGCAAUUGGAAUUGCUCCUAAAGACAAGAUUUUCAAGAAGUACAUUGAGAUCGAGCUUCAGCUCGGUAACAUAGAUCGUUGUCGGAAGCUAUACGAAAAAUAUCUCGAGUGGUCACCUGAAAACUGCUAUGCUUGGACUAAGUACGCCGAGCUGGAACGAUCUUUGAGUGAAACCGAGCGGGCCCGAGCCCUUUUUGAGCUUGCAAUUGCACAACCUGCACUUGACAUGCCAGAGUUGCUGUGGAAGGCAUACAUCGACUUCGAGAUAGCAGAAGGUGAAUUCGAAAGAACAAGACAGCUAUACGAACGGCUUUUGGAUCGCACAAAGCAUCUAAAGGUGUGGAUUAGCUACGCCAAUUUCGAAGCAUCUGCGAUUGUAGAAGUAGAACAACAGGAAGAGCUACCCGAAAACGUUCUUCUGGAACAACGGAAACUUUGCAUUCAGCGCGCCAGAAGAGUGUUUGAAAAUGCGAUAAACUACUACAGAACGUCGGCUCCGGAACUUAAAGAAGAGCGGGCCAUGUUACUAGAAGAGUGGUUAAACAUGGAAAGCGGUUUCGGUGAGUUGGGUGACGUUGAACUGGUGCGUGUUAAGCUGCCGAAGAAAUUGAAGAAGAGAAGACAGAUUGAAAUAGACGAUGGAACUGCUGCUGGGUUUGAGGAAUACAUAGAUUAUCUGUUCCCCGAGGAAUCACAAGCGUCUAAUUUGAAGAUAUUGGAGCAAGCCUACAAAUGGAAAAAGCAAAAGGUGGUUUCGGAUGAUGAUGAGGAUGAUAUCGAUUAGCGUGAUUUUUACCGUAUUGUUAUGCAUUUGAGCCACUGCUCUUUUUUCUUUGUGUCAUGUCUCUGUUGUUAAAGUUGUAAUCAUUUUUGUUUUUAGUCGGACCGGAGUUUUUCAUUUUGAUUUUUAAAGUGCAUUUGCUUUGACGAUGUAAAAUCGCUUGGCACUCUUUGUCGUUUUGACAUAUGUUUUGAGUUGAUAUAUCCUUUCGGAUCA